GCCAGACAGAGACACACUGCAGACGCCAGACACAGACACACUGCAGACGCCAGACAGAGACAUACUGCAGACGCCAGACAGAGACACACAGACCACAGCACCUUCACACCAGUCACUAACAGUUAUGGGUUCAGCGGUGAACUUCAUUCUGCUUUUGUCAGCAGGACUGUGGGCUCCUGCUUUGAGCGCAUCACGUCAGUUCUAUGCGGUGGAAGAGAACAGAGACUGGAGCGAGGCUCAGACAUGGUGCAGAGAGAAUUACACUGACCUGGCCACCAUCGAGAACCAAGAAGAAAUGGAUGCUGUGAAAGACCUUCUCAAGGGUAAAGGAGGCAACUUCUGGAUAGGACUGAAGCAAAACAAGACUUACUGGCACAUUUAUAAGAAUAGGUCCUGGUACUGGUCAGAUGGCGCUCCAUACAACUACACGUACUGGCAGAAUGGAGAGCCAAACAACGAGGAGGGUGAUAACUGUGUGGAAGUCUACAGUGGAAAUAAUACAUGGAACGAUGCAGGCUGCCAUCACCGUCAUUCAUUUGUCUGCUAUAAAAAACGAACUCCUCUCACCGUGAUCACUGAGAAGAAGACCUGGCGAGAAGCCCUGAGGUACUGCAGACAGAAUCAUGUGGACCUGGUUUCUGUUGACUCGCAGGAAAUGCAGGACUGGGUGGAAGUAGUCACUAAAAAUGUCUACAGUGAUAUGUGGAUUGGCCUGCGUCACACCUGCGCUCUGGGCUUCUGGUACUCGGUGAAGGGAGAGAUGAUCUGCUACCAAAACUGGGCUCCAGGUAACGGAACCGGAGUGGAAGAUUGUGGUGAUGUCGAGAGAACCGGAGCGGUUCUGUCUGAGAGUAAGAAGUGGGUCAGCCUGCCACAGACUCACGAACUCUACUUCAUCUGUAUCACCUUCCAGUGAAGGCUACUAGAAGUGGCCGCAUGAACUUCAGCUGGAUCCUCGUAGUUCAGGACCAGACAUUUCUUUCUCAGCAUCAUUUCACUUAAUUUUUUGGACAUGCAAGUACAACGAUUUAUUUAGGAAUUUCACAAUAAUGUUGAGUUUCUUUAUGGUGUUGGUCAAACUUUUACUUUCAAAAUAGCUCUUAGUAGCUUUACUGUUAGCUUCUGUUUAAAAACUAGAAUAUGUGAGACUUUCCUUUUGUUCACAUGGGAUGUGUUUUAUUAUCAGUAAUACGUUGUUUAGCUGUUUAGCGUAUCAUUAAUAUUUUUGAUUUGCAGUGUUGAGAUUUAGUUAGCUACAUGUAGCAAUGCUACCAGCUUAAGCACAUUUUUAACAGAAUGGUGGUAGAUGAGCUAAUUUCCAAAUAAUGUCGCUUUUCCUGUAACAAGCUAUUCUUUCACGAAGUCCCCGUGUAGCGUGACAAAUCUAGCUGGUUACAUAUUUCCAGAAAUGAACCGAACCAAGAGUCGUUUAGUGAGCCCUCUUUGUAUCUGUUUCUAUUUGACGAUGUUUUAGUAAAGUAACACUAACUGCUUUUUAAAAUGGUUUACAAACAGAAAAGCUAAAUCUAUUCCGGCAUUACCUGUAAAAAGCAGGUACGUUUUAUUUCGUUCAAUAAAAGAGCCGUGCAAUAAAAUGAAAAUAUCCCAAGUGAUUUUCCUCACUUUGACAAUCUCCUUCAGUGUAGCUAGCUACUUUUUCUUAGAAGCUUGUAGUGUAGCUAGCUACUUUAUCAACACAGUAGUGAUUGAUCAUUGAAAUCAUGAGUGCCU